UAACGUCAUUUGCUUGGUUUAUAAAUCAUUGAAAUCAAGAAUUCUGAAUAAUUUUACUGCAAACACUGGUUCAUAGAGACGAGAAAAAUGUCUUUACUGUGCAAUAACAUUGUGUUGAUAAUGUUAUGUUUCACAUCGAUCGAAGCAUUCUUUUUUAAAGAUAAUGUCGAUUGUCUUUUGACUGACUGGUCGCGGUGGAGUGAACAGAGUAGCUCGGGUGAACAGACAAGAUCAAGGCGAAUUAUGCGUCAUCCAUCUGGUAGAGGACGGCCUUGUGAGGAGCUUACCGAGAUAAGAGUAUUUCAAGUUGACUGUAAGGUAUCAGGCUGGACAAAAUGGAGUGAAAAUUUUGGAUUUGGUCAACAGAGCAGGACAAGAACUAUUACACAGCCUUCGAGAGGAAGCGGAAAAAGAUGUCCAGAGCUUGAGGAAGUCCGUUACACAGGUAUUGUACCUAGUGUAAAAGCAACAGCAAAAAACGUUGAAAACUAUUUCGUACGAGCAGAUAGAAAAUAUCGCAAGGACAACAAAAACAAGAAAGGUCUGACAAGAGACCUUGUCAUCAUUAUGGAUAGCUCAGGAAGUAUUCGCAAGGGUCCAUUUCAGGACGCAAAGAUCCAAACAAGCAAACUAAUUGGCUUACUAUGUCCAUCCGACAAGCCAUUUGACAAAGUUGCCGGACAACCCUAUCAGUACAAUCAGGCUGCCAUGCUUACUUAUUCUCAUAUUAUUCAGGAAACCUUUGACUUUAAGCGCUACAGUAAAACAUCAAAUAUACAGAAUGCAAUUUCUAAAGCCACAUUCUUCGGUAGGGGUACUAAUACAGCAGAAGCUUUCAGGAGAGCAAAGGGGCUCUUCACAUCUGCCAAAGGUGCAAGGGAUCCUACUCGGGCGAAACGUGAGGUACUGAUUCUGACAGAUGGUAAAUCUGACAAUGCUGCUAAAACAUUUGCUGCAGUAGAAUCUCUGAAACGCGUUGCUGAUGUGUACGGGCUGAUGACUGGGAGAUUUUCAUCAAAUGGCAUGAAAGAACUUACGAAAUAUGUAUCUGCACCAAUAAAUGAACACCUAUUUUAUGUACAGAAUUACCAAGUUCUGAGAAAAUUGGUGGAGUACAUUCAAAACAGUAAGAAUGCUGCGGGACCAAAUUGGUGUGCAACGUUUGAUAUAUGAGUUGAAUUGAUUUGAUACUGAGGAAUACUGACUUUGUAUCAUCAAAUCGAAAUUCUACGUAAAAGUGUUAAAACAAGUGGAACACUUUUUUACGAAUUGAUCAAAUAAUUGUUGCCAGUAUUACCUUAACCUUUCUUUACCAUGAAAGAAAAAUAUGGACGUAGAAUCAGAACUUACUCUCAUCGUGUACGGCAAAAAUGUUUUUAAGUAGAAACUUGUUAACAUUGGAUUUUGACUAAACGCAAACUCUGGAAAUGUAUAGACCUGAAACUGUGUAAUAGCACAACAAAGUUACUUACUAACUUUACACUUGAUGUGCAUUUUGCUUAUACAAAUAGACUUACAAAUACGACACUUUUUGAAACAAAAUUAGCAAUUUGGAAAAACCGCAAAAACUGUAAAUGAUAUAUGACAGACUAUGACUUUCUUUUUCAGAGUAUUUUCAGUUUUGAGAUGUAAAAAUCAGAUCCUUUAUAACUGUAUAAACUGAAUUUUCAUUAAAAAAAAAUGAUAAAAACAUUAUUCACUUAAACGUGAUAUUUUUGGCUUUGGAUAAGAUAUUGUUGCAGAAGUCUAUGUUUUGUUAUUGGCCAAAAAAAAGAAAAAAAGACAGAAUUAGGACUUUAAAUUAUUUGUUAUUAAAUAGGAUAUGAUAGUUGAAAAGAACGCAUGACUUCAGUACAAGUGUAGUUUCGCUUUUCAAAUAGCGAAUUAUUUGUUUCAUAUAAAUUAAUAUCAAGUUAUUAUGCUAAUGUUGGCUGUUGAAAUAGUACCUGAUAAUUGCGUCUUUAAGAAGAUUUUCUUUUGUGUAUAAUAAGCUGUUUGAGAUGCAAAUUUUGGUAAGUGAUGUUUAAGGCGAGACUGCUGUAGUACAAACAUGUAUUUUCAGCUGAACCUACAUUGGGUUUGAAAUGUAAAUGUUUCAAUAAUAUUUCAUGUCAAUAUUCGAAACUUUUGUUUAGAAGCAUUAUUUUUGUAAAUUAAAAAACUAUUAAAUUGAA